AUGCGCACUUUAUUUCUCGUUUGGCAUCGACAAGACUAGGAAUCCGAGCGAAAUUUGCUAUAAAUUUUAGGAUUUGGAUCUAAGCUAACAUGUCUGCGACUGGCCUAGAGGAAUUCUUAAAUUCUGAUUCCACUGACGAUGGCCGUUUUGAUAGUUUGGUGAGAAGUAGUACACCAACAGCCGCAAAAGAGAUUCCUAGUAAUUCAGUCAACAAUAACCACAUUGAAGAAUUACAGAAUGCUGAAAUUGUGACAAAAAAUGGUAAUCAACCGAUAGUUGUAUCAGCCAAGACUAACCCUGUACUAGUUAAUGUCGGAUCUACGAAUGUUGGGACUCUUCCAACUAGUAUGCUAGCUCAAUCCAGGUCUCCUACUCCGAAAAAAGUGACUGGUGCAAUCAGAUCGCAAAUUCAAAUUGUCACUGUUGCUGGUGGAAAUACGAUUGGAAAUAGGAAUUCUCCAAAUACCCCACAAAGAGUUUUAGCUCCACGGACUGUUACCAGUGCUCCAAUAAGGAUUGCACCACAAGCUAGGCAGCAGACUCCGGGACUCGUCUUACCUCAAUCCUUGGGGCAGAAUGCUCUCAUAAUGAAAAGUGAACAGGGACAGUGGGUUCUUCUGCAAGGUCAGACUGGUGCUCAAAUUCAACAGCGUCCUGUUACCACAACAACUGUUCGCGUAAGUUUUCCCUUAGGACACAAGCUCUGA